AUGGGACCUCCUUCCAGAUCUGGUUUGGGCGACUGCCGCUUUUACGAGCAGAAAUUCCCCAAGCCCGAAGAGCUUGUCAUGGUUAAAGUUAACAGGAUCGAGUCACAGGGCGUUUAUGUAUCAUUAUUGGAAUAUGACGACAGAGAAGGUCUGAUUCUAUUAUCUGAGCUCUCCAAGAGGAGAUACAGAAGUAUAAACAAGUUGGUGAAAGUAGGACGCCACGAGGUCGUCCUGGUUUUGCGUGUAGAUCCAGUAAAGGGGUACAUUGAUCUGUCAAAGAGAAGAGUAUCACCCGAAGAUAUCGUAAAGUGUGAGGAGAAAUUCUCAAAAUCCAAAAAAGUGCAUCAAACUGUCAGACACAUUGCACAGAAGCAUGGUAUAUCCGUUGAGGAACUCAACAAAAUUUGCAUAUGGCCCCUCUAUCACACAUAUCCACAUGCUUUGGACGCCCUAAAGGAAGCCGCUGUAAAUAGCGAGAAUGUUUUCAAGGGACUCCCAAUUUCUCAGGACAUUAUCGACUCACUUAUCCAGGACAUCCAGCUCAGACUCACUCCACAAGCCCUCAAACUAAGGUGUACAAUCGAUGUUUGGUGUUUUGGUCCGGAUGGUAUCGAUGCCGUAAAGUUGGCCCUUAAAAAGGCAAAGGACGCUCACGCUGAAGUGUCUGUGCGUCUUGUGGCUCCUCCCCAGUAUGAAAUCGUUACGAGCUGCCACGAUAAGGAAAAGGGAAUUGCCCUCAUGAACAAGUGCCUCGAAGCCAUUGAAACUGAGAUCAAGGCCCACAAUGGCGGCGACUUUAAGCAAAAGUGUGACAUUAUCAUCAUGGGUGACGAUGAUGAGAAGCAUCUUGAAGAUUUAUUGGAGAUGCAUGAAAGCAGUGAUGAGGAAAGUGAUGAAGAGGAAGAUCAAGAAGAAGAGGAUGAGGGCAUGGGCCUCGUUGACGAGUCUUUAAUUCCACAAGAUGUUGAGGUGAAUGAGGAAGAUGAGGACUAG